GACCGGAACAACGCGCAUGCGCGCUGUUGUCAGCUAACUUGUCUUGUAUCUGAUAUAACAAAGCUCCUCAAAUGAGUUGAGCUUGUAGCGGUACAUUCCAUGGUAUCGUUUAACAAACUGCAGAGAAUAGCCCAUAACGAGGUCUCUUCUGGCACGGAUGAGCGGAGACUUUUAGCCCGGUAGCUAACGCUAACUGUUAGCUCAUAGCAGCAUGGGGGACAGUAUUACUCCCAGAUUUGGCAACAUGAAGGCGUUACUUGGGAUAGUAGCUGGGGCAGGCGCUUCUUAUGGUCUUUACAAAUUGAUAAGCAGCUCGAGCUUUAGGAAAAGCAGAAAGGGCACACGAAAUGACAGCUCUAAUGUGAGUACAGUGAGCCUUCAGCCUGGGAGCUUGUUGGCAAAAGUGUCGGGACUGGAUGUGGUCUCUGCCCGACCUGUUACUUCCAAGACUGUGGAUGUUGCAUCAGCUGGAAACUUAGAGCCCAAGCACCUAAAGACGCUGCUGUCUUGCUUACAGUUCAGCAACAGUCAAGAUGACAAAUGUCGCAUGCUACUUACUUUAGCAAAUGCUUCUGCCUUCGUUAUAAAUCAGAAUCUCAUCCGUGAAUAUGAGGGGAUUCCUAUUAUAGCUGGUUUUCUUUCUGAUCCGGCUGCAGAUGUGCGAGUGCAGUCAUUAAUUGCUUUAAAUAAUCUCAGUAUGAACAUUGAAAACCAGGAACAACUAACGGUGUAUGUCCCUAAAGUUUUGGAGCUUAUUGAAACAUCACCAAUGAAUUCUGAACUUCAGCUGUGUGCACUCCGGCUUCUGACAAACCUCUCAGUCACUGACAAGCACCAGCAUUUGCUAAAGGAUUCUAUUAAACUUCUACUGUCUCUGUUUGUUGUGAGCAAUGAGACAUUACAGGUUCAGACCUUGAAAGUCCUGGUGAAUUUGUCUUCUAAUCCAGAUAUGAUGGAUGAUAUUGUUCAGGUCCAGGCUCCAGCCUCUGUGUUACUUCUGUUUGACCCCAGGACAGUUCCAGCUGUGCUGGUGCGUCUCCUGACGUUUGCAGGGAACCUUAAGGCUUGGCGGCCCUCAGCCCAGGUGGCUGCUGAGCUAAGGCAGAAUCAGGACUCUCUGUUCCGACUCAUGUUAGAUGAGUCGUCCCAGCUUCACAGCAGAGUACUUCCUCUCCUGUCGCACCCUGAGGAGGAGGUGAGGCUCCAGGCAGCUCGAGUGUUGACAUAGACUGCUGCCUCUGCCAUCUGAACUUGUUUGAAUCCAGGAAUUACUUGCGCUUUCAAGUAUUUGCCAAAGCCACCACAGUCAGUCCUCUCUGUUCAUCAGUUACCAAGUUAAUCACCUGGCCCAUUUAUUUUGGCUAGUAUUAUUUUUCAUGCAUACAUAUUAAGGAUGUAACAACAUGGAUUUACAAAUCAACAAAUCAAAAUGUAUCUUUUUUGGUAAAGUAGCAUGAUGAACACAAUUCAGAAGGAACUACUUGAGAAUAAUGAUUUACUUUGGUUUAUUCAGAGCAGGAAUAUAUACUGUCAUUUAUAAUAACAUUUUUAUAAUAAAAAUGAAUUGCACUAAUGGCUUCGGGGCACAGAAAAAAGUUGGUUUUCAUUAGUACCCAAAUUCUCUCUUUGGAUGGAUGGAACUGGAUGUUGUUACAUUCCUAUAUUACACCUGCACAACCUAAGUUAGGUUUAUAAGCAAGAUAUGUUUAGAAGCAUGAUUAAAUUACACAGUACCCAUAAACAUUGACCUGUUCUCUAAAGAGCUCAUGUUUACCUAUAAGCCAAACACACUGCCAUUUUUAUACCGGGUCGCUAUUAUUUGUAACCCAUUAUGCAAUUGACCACCUCGAUAUUUGCUGGUCACUUGCAUAGCAUAAUGAUACUUUACUACACCCCCUCUUGAUGUGUGGAUAAAGUACUUGUUGUCUACUCAUGUUUAAGAAUACAUUUCUUUUUAACAAAAAAAAAAAAAAAUGCUAGAGCCAGUAUGCAAGGAUUUACUAGAACAUGAGGUGAGGCCCAAGACGUGGUCAAGCUGUUGAAUUUCAAAUAGCUGUGUAUUCUCCUGUGUAAUAUGUUUGAGGAAAUAGCUCGGAACAGGAUGUUUGUCAGAUUGAAAUUUUUUUCUGUGUUGCAACUUGAAUGUAAAAGCUGUCCUUCUCAGGCCUUACAGCUGGGCAAUAUUUAUUAUUUUUUGUUUGUUACUCUAGAGAAGUAUUUGCUCAUAAGAAAUAUAAAUAUAUGGUUUUAAAUAAAAUUGACAAUUCUUUUUCC